UCACACCCCUGUCCUGAUGGCUAUGUUCUACCUCCACUCUCAAAGACAGCAUGCUUCUGAAUACCCAUCUGAACCAAAGUCAUUUUGUUGCAUGGCUUUGUUGUUGUAAGUCAGUCUGAGUUGCUUCUGCAAGAGAGAGACAGAAGUGAUUAAGAGAAAGAAAGAAAGAAAGAAAGAAAGAAAGAAAGAAAGAAAGAAAGAAAGAAAGAAAGAAAGUUCUAGUGGGGCUAAAUUUAUUGGAUUUAGCAACCUUUGCCUCUCCAUUUUUCUGUAAAGAAGCCCAACAACUACCAGUUAUUUCAGGGGACCAUAUGCCAACUUUCUGCACAAGCAACAUAUUCUAGGCUAUUGCAGUCACAUAAAUAGCACCGUUCACAUUUAUUGUGGGCCAAUUCCAUCACUCAAUGAGAUUUUCCAUGCACUGACUGUCCCUAGGACUCUCUUUGAACUAAGAACGGUUGGUCUUCUGCAAAACUGCCCGGCUUCCCAGAGUUGAUUUCUUCCAAAUUGGCAGCAUUUGAAACAUUGCACAGUCUUUACUGUAGCAAUACCAUAUCUGAAGAAAUGACUCAAUGUCGCUAAAAAUACAUUAAUACAAUGUGGCAUAUUUUCAUUUCUUUUAUCUUCCCUGUAGAUUGCUUUAACUAUCCAAAAGACGGACCAGCAUCUCCAAAGAAGUUCAAGAACAUCCCUGAGCUUGACUUCAGAGGCAGGUGCUCCUCUGUGUCCUCUGAGUGGGCCUUGGUAAGAGUUAUCCCAGAGGAAGAGAUGACGGAAAACAACCUUCAGGCUGUCCGGGUUAUGGUGACCAGUGAUGGAAGCAGCUCAGAUCUAGAGCCUGAUUUUGAUGGGGACGCAUCUAUCUCUGAAAGUGAUGAAGGGCUGUUCCCAUUGCCUGAGCCAAGGACCAGUGCCCCAUCCCUACGAAAGCCUCUGUUGCGGAACACAAGCUUGGGGAAGAAGGAAGAAGGCCAUGAAAAGUCGAAGGCUGCAAAUGCUCUUCAACGAGCCCAGAGUCUUCGAGAACCUUCUGCCUCAAAAAAGUACCAAAACUGGAAGAAGAAAAUUCAGUCAAAUUUUCCUCUACUGUACAACAAGAAAAACGGGUCGUCUUCAAAGGAUACCUCUGCCUGUGUUCAAAGUGACUUUAAGGAUGAGGUCUUUCAGACAGAGCUGACAUCUCCUGACAAGAGUCCAGAAAUUACUAGAGGACAUUUCAAGCUACACAGCCCAGCAUUUCAAAGGAAAGGAAAAGCCAGAGAUAAAUCCAGUGAAAUUGCAUCCUAUGUUCCUCACUAUUCACUCCACAACUGCCCUGAUAGCUUUCCAUUGGCACAUAACAAAUCCACUUGUCACGUUGAUCUGACUUCACCUCUCAGUUACCCUCAUCUUGAAGGCAAGGAUUACAGAACUGAAGAUGCACAUUUAGGAAACUGGGUGAUGAAUAGUGAGCCACUGAUCUCUCAGCUGUAUACAAAGAAUUCAGGGUUGUCCUCUGCAGACCCUGAUGACGGAGAUGAGAAUGCCAAAGAACAGCAUGACAAACAUUUGAACAAAGCUAAAAACAAGAUAAUGAGGAGAUUGACACUUUCAAUGGAGCAGAAGCCCAGAAGACCUGCUCCGGAUGAUGCUGAGCUAGAUAUUACAAGAACGAAACAUGACUGCCAAGGAAUUCCAGACCAGAAGAAUGCUUAUUUUAACAGAUAUGAGAACAUACCAAAACAAUCCAGUUGUGGUCAAUCUCAGAAGUUCUCAGAUAACCAUUCUCCAGUUUUGUCUCCUGGACAGACACUUUCAAAGAAUGUUGGUGACUGUCCCAAAGAACACACUGCCACCCAGCCAAAAUCGCCACUGAGGCUAAUUGCCAAAGCUAUAAAGAAAUCCAUCAUAGAACCUCUUACUUCUCCUCCAGCAGGUUUGAAAAAGGCCCAGGACACACCUGCCAAAUUUCCUUUGGAAAGCACAUUUUUCAAUUUCCCACAGGCCCUGGUUCGCUCUGCUAGUCUCAGAUGCAGCAAGAAUCAUGGAGACUAUAACGUACAAACACAGGAGCUCAGUGUGUUGGAUGACGCAGAAAAAAGACUUGGAACGAGGAGUUCAAAUGGGUCUCAUUUUUCCAGCAGUCCGAGAGAGGAAUAUUCAUGUGUUGACAAAGGCACGUCUUUUCCUGUUUACAGUGCGCAUAGCAGCCCUUCCCAGAGUCUUCAUAAACCCGAACAUUCCUCUUCUACCAAUGCUGAUGAUGUGCCAACACUUCUAGAAAGGUUUACCCUUAAAGAGAACCUCUGGAAGUCUGCCAGGGAUGAGUGGUGUGCUCACAAUCAAAAGAACACCCGCUAUUCAUCUCUAAGGCACAGGAACAAAAACGCUGAUGCCGUUUUGGAUGGUCCUGAACAGAGGAAGAAUGUGUGGAACCUAUUCAGCAGCUUUAGGAAUAAAGCAGAUGUCAAAGUUAAAAGCCCUGUGUCACCUUGUACCAUCUUUGAUGUUGAUGAAGUACUAAAUAGUUCUUCCAAAGGAGAAUACUUGGGUUCUGAGCAUUUACCUGCCAGAAAACAAGUUGUUGACUAUUGCUCUUCAUCCUCUGACAGCGAAUUAGAAGGCAGGUCUUCAUUGCCACACAAGACAAAAAGAACUCUGAGAAGAAACAGAAAGUUGGAAAAGGAAACAAAGCAACUGGUUAAACAAGAGGAACUAAAGAGGCUCCAUAAAGCACAGGCUAUCCAGCGACUACUGGAAGAAGUGGAGGAGAAGCAGCGAGCUCUGGAGGUGUAUGGUGUUCAGCUCGAGAGGGAACUACGAGGAGAAUCAGAUUCAAGCACACAAGAUGAAACUCAGCUGUUACAUGAAUGGUUUGAGCUGGUAUUGGAGAAGAAUAAAUUAAUGCGCUAUGAAUCUGAACUGCUGAUCAUAGCCAAAGAGCUGGAAUUCGAGGAUCAUCAGAACUAACUGGAGAAGAGAGAGGGAGAAAUGACCUUGAUGGUUCCAGGACAGAAUGCUGGGAGUGGCCAAAUUCAUCGCCCACCUUGCCAGCCCAUGCAACCAUCCAGCUGCAGCCACACCCCACCUGACAGAGAUGGAUUUAGGAGUUGUGACCAGUGGAAGAAAAAGAUGAAAAGCAGCACUUGGGGAGUUUUAGAAAGGGAAUACAAAUUCUGAAUAUUGUACACACUGGCACCAGGCAAAUAUUUUCCUUUCCAGCAUAGUGACCACCAGCACUGCAAGAUCAUGUUUAAAAUGUUGUUGAAGAGGAAAGCCCUGCAUGCUAUGACCGCCAUGAGAAGAAUGGUGUUCUCCUUACAAGUUCUAAAAAUAGCUCUUCAUUCACAUCAACAUAUGCAAAACGAAUAAAUGAGUUCUAUGCCUGUCUUGUCUGAUAUGCAUCUAUUGCAGAAAUUGAUGCUCAAAGGGUUUGUUUUUCACUUCCUGGAAUUUAAAUUCUGAGUGCUCUUGAAAGUCACAGAACAUAGUAUUGAUUUAGUUGAAAGCAAAACUAAGAUUGUAUCAUUUUUCAUUCACCUGUCUGUAUUUGUGAUUGUUCCUUCUGCAUGCUUUACUUCAUGAAUAUGUCACAAAGCAAGGGUUACAAUUUUUAAAACAAGCAUCACCCGUAUAGCAACACAUUAACCUUAAGCAGCAUUUCUUGUAGUGGAAGAAGAUAUUCUUUAAAUUACAGAUUAUAUGUGUACAUUGUAAGCAGCAGAAAAAGUGUUACUGCAUUUUUUAAGCAAUACUAUUCACAAUAUGUUUGUACAGAAUAGAAGGGACUGUGUCUACUAAAUAAGAUUUAAUACUGCACAGUGGCAAAUAUUUGCAAUUUGUGCUGCUGAGUUAUCAAAGGGAUCAUCCCAAACAAAAUGUAGAGGGAUCAAGUGAAACUUCUACAGCUUCUAACCAAAGAUGGUGAUGGAAUACACUGGCAGAAAUAUACAGUAUUGCAGUGGAUUUUACAUGGUGCUUUCACACCAUGACUUGUACCACUUUGUGAUCUUUAGUUUUGUGUAAAAGUCAAUCUCAACACAAAGAUGGGUCACCUUCUUGUAAUGACAGUAUUCACUAGAAAAUGGGGGGGGGGGAUGUUUUUGUUGCCGCUGAAGAUAUAUCAAGAUGAUAUAUUCCAAAUGAAUGCUUUGACAAAUCUCCAGUAAAAUCAGUGGAAGGUUCUGCACACUGAACUGUUCAGAGGAUUGCAGCCCAGCUGGAAAAAACGAUGCCUCGCAUUACGUUUAUCGCUUUAUUUGAAUACUGUUUGUCAUAGCUGAUUUUUAAAACUUGUAGAAAAAUUCAGAAUGGGCCUCAACACAAAGAUGUGUCCAGAACUCAGGGAUUAUUUCUGAAUUAUUUUUUAAAUUCUAACUGGAAAGACUAAACUAUGACUUAGCUUUGUAAGAGGUGCUUAAUACUACUGCUCCAUUUGGCUGGACAAUAGUUUACACACAGCAUACACAUAAAAGUGUGAAGUGAGUGAAACUCCAGAACCUGGUUGAAAGAUAAAGAAUAAAAUGGAUUCUGUUACAAUGCAUAACUUAAUUUUAUAAAAUAUAGCUUAUUUAAGGCCCAUGGUGUGAGCCCUGCCAUAAGCACUCUCCCUUCAGCGCAAAAGGGCAAGAAUUAACAUUUAUUUUACUUUAGAGCAAACUGUGGUUUCCCAUUACAUAUGAACUCGGGAAACUGUGAUUUGUCAUAACCAAAUAUAGUUAACAAACCAGAGUAUCAAACCAUGGUUUGAUCCAGAUUUAUUUUUCACUAGAACCAAAGACAAUCUUCUGAGUUCACAUCCAAUGUUAGAACUGCCUUUUCUUCUAAAGUGAAAGCUUUUAUUCUUCUCACAGCUGCAAGAGGAGAUGAUAGAAAGAGAACUAUUACGAAAAAUACAGAAUAUAGAAAUGUCUUGGAAGGUGGUAGGAAAAAAGGAUGGGGUCUCUUCAGUAUUUAUGUAUUUAUUGCAUCGUGUGGUGUUUACAUAAAAUUGUAACUUGUAAACAUAUUAUCAUUUGGGGUUUACUCUUCUGCUUUGGUCAGUAACUGAAAUUCAAAUCAUGAAUAAUGUUUUGUCAAAGCCGCUUUUACUGUAUAAGGCGGAACGAUACCAGUUCCUUUUUUAAAAAGAGAUGUACAGUAUCUGAAUUUCUCAUUUGCACUUGAUAGAUAAUGUAUGUGUACUGUGAGUUGCACAUCAUCAUUGUAAUAUAAGCUACUCUCUGUUUAGUGUUCAAAUGUACUUAAAUGUCUUAUUUGGAUUAUUAAAAAACUUACUGGUGACAUGGCACAAUGCUAUAAGUACAACCCAGAUUCAUUUUUAACCAAAGCUGCUUAAAGCUUAUGAACCAUAAACUUUUCUGUCACAGAAUGUUGAAUUAUUGGAAAUAUUUAAUGGAAUUACAGGUGACUGUUCAGUUGCACAAAGGCCUGGCUCCUAAAUUAAAAAACAAAAACAAAACCCUGCACAUGAACACCAGAAUUACUGAGUUGUAUCACACACCUGGUUUGUUUGCUCAAAACCCUUUUUUACUGGAGGAGGCAAACCUGAAACAGAGGUCUAAAUAUGGGGUGGGAGAAUUGGAGCAGGUUCAAUGACACAGUCAUCAUUUCCCUGCCUACUGCUUCUCAAAUUCAAUUUCAUAAUUUCACUUCACUUUUGCCCCUAAAAGAGCAAACAUUGGGAACCAACCCUGAGAAAAAUUGAAAUUAGAAAGUAAUUUAGAGAGAAGCAGCGUGAAACUUCUCUGCUCCACAUUGUUUUUCCAACAGUUUUUCUUUUAAAUGUCAGGGCCCACAAACAUUUCUAUAAUUUAGUUAGUCCCAGAGUUAACAAAUUCAGAAUAUUUUGUAAUGCAGCUCCCAAAUGGAAAUACUCUCCUCAGCCUGGGAUUUGGGUUUAUUAUACCUGUGCAAAAAGUACAAAGCCCUCCAAUUAGCAAUAUUUGUA